GAUGAAGUCGGUGUGACGGAGCUGGAGGACUGACUGCGCGCGCGCGCGUGUGUGUGUGUGUGUGUGAGAGUGUGUUAAGGCUUUGGGACAUGAGGAGCGGAGCCGCUCGGCGCCUCACCGGUGGCAGAAGGUGGAGAAGAGGUCGAGCCAACCAGGGACUGUUCGCAAUGUUAUCUGCAGCCACCGAUGCCACGUUUCAAAGAAGAAACUGGAAGAUGGUGGUAUGGGUGCUUGUAUCUCUGCUGCCCCUGGUAGUCGGAGACAGGCCUGGGUUUAGUGAAGACCAGGUGGAUGCAGUGGGUUUAGUUACGACUAUGCUGGACGAGCAGCCGUUUGACGCUCUACCUGAGGAGGAUGAGGACAUGGGAGAUGAGGACGGCCAUCCCCUGUGGCAUAAUGCAUUCGAACCCUUGGUUCUGGUAGAUGAAGAGAGUCCAGCCCGGUGGGAGCGCUCCCCACGUGCCUCAGAUGCCUCUGAUGCUCAGUCCAAGGGAGCACGCAAGAAAAAGAAGAAGAAGAAGAAAGAGAAGGAGAAAGGCGAGGAUGAGGUUCGGGGACAGAGCAGCCGAGACUGCCACCUGGAGAGGCGUGAGAUGCGAGUGAGGGACCUGGGGAUGGGUUACGACUCGGACGAGAUCGUGCUCUUUAAGUUCUGCGUAGGUUUGUGCCAGAGUGCACGGGGGAACUAUGACGCUGCUCUUCGGGCUCUCCUGACAAAUGGCAGCCUGCCGAAACGAACAGCACGCAAGGUCAGCGCCAGACCCUGCUGCCGACCCACUGCAUACAAGUCUGUCUCCUUCAUGGACACGUCCACAACAUGGAGGACCAUUGAGAAUGUCUCAGCUUUGGACUGCAAAUGUGUGGGCUAAGCCGGUGUCGGAAAAGGAGAAGCGAAAUGAUUAGAGAGGCAACCGGGAGCCAGAGCGCUUCCUGAAAUCAGGAUUACAGGAAUACGAGGCAUUCUGGGCUGAAAGCUGUUCUACUGGAAGGAGACAGCAAGGCUUUCUGUGACGUGCACUGUGAUGUGUUUGCAUUCAGCCUUUCAUAUUCCCAAAACCAGCGUGAUAAAGCCCGGAGUGAUACCGGACUCGCCCAAGGGUGGAGCAUGGCAUGGAGGAGUUCUUUGGAAGGUGGACGAUGGAGCCACAAUGGACGAUGACGUAUUGUUCGAGAACUCGUCAAGAAACUUUACAAGACUAUUAUAACGUGGAACGUUCCAUUUGUCCGUUUGUAACUGAAGGAAGUCAAGAGCUUUGAGUGUGUAUAGCUGCCAAUAACGGAUAAAAUCAUUUUAUAUUGUUUGAAUAGAAGCAUUCAGGUUUAAAUUUCUCACACACACUGCCUAAAUAAAGAAAAACUAUUAUUAUGAUACAUAUAUUUUUUAUGAACUUACAAUAUUGAAUUAAACCAUUCCUAUACAAAGCUGUGGACUGUUAAGGGAUCUAAUGAAAAGGUCGAUCUAAAAUAUUCGAGUUUCCCUCACGACAUUCAGUCAUGCUUGAAGUCCAGCAUUUUUGUGUAUUUACUCUUACACUCAGGCUAUGAGGCUAAUUUUUAGUAGCUAACAAAAAACGCAUAUCGACCAAACUCUAACUUUAAAUGACCCCCCCCACAGCACUCUAAGUGAUUCUGGUUGUUCAAGAUGGCUGCUUCGGUAAGAGUAAGGUUCUGUUCAUCUUUAUUCAUUCUACAAAGUCAUGCUAGCUAGGCUGCUAGGCAGUGUGUCUUCAGGAAAAUGCCAUGCUAACUUAAAAUGGGACAAACGUAAAAUUAGGAUUUCAUGUUAGCUGGUUUUUAGAAAGAAUGCUAAAGUACAACAGCAAUGAAAACAACACUUAACUAGUUAGCUAACUCUUUAACACUUAACUAGUUGGCGAGCUAAUCUCUUGUAAAACUGAACUAGCCAGCUAAUUACACAAGCUAAUUUGUAUUUCAACUGAACUUGCUUGGUUAGGAAAUAUAAUGUAAAGAUACAUCUUUAGAUACAAUCAGGACAAUAUCUUACUAUAAAAAAAAAGAAAAGCGCCCAACAGUUUUAGAUUUUUUUUCAACAAAUAAUAUGCGUUCUUUUAACAUUUCAUAGGAUUCAAUGUACAUACCACAUGAGUAAAGUACAUAUUUUCCCAAAGAAUUCUUAAGUACAAUAAUGACAUACAAUUACUCACAGUAUGUAUUUUCUUUAGUUAGUGGUUAAGGUAGCUAGCAGUUAGCUAAAUCAGCCUCAUAGCUGCAGUGCAAACCUCAGACAGAAAGCAUGGCUGGAUUUAGGAAUAGUGGGAAAUUGCUGUAACGUGUUGGGGUUGAUGUGAUGACUGACAGCUGAUACCGAUCUGGGCGGCAGAUGCAACACCAGCACUAGCAUAACACCGUGAUUAGCAUUUAUACCCGUUAUACCUGUCCUUAUUGUUGCUACCGACUGCAAUGCAUUUUUGUCGUUGUGCUACAACAUGGAUGCUGUGCAUCUCUUAGCAUUUACUGUAUGCUUCAUAGGUCAAAUAUUUAUUUUUGCAUCUAAGUUAUUUAUUUAUUCAUUCAUUCAUGUGUAUAAGGAUGUGUUUUUGACCCUUUAUAUAGAUAUAUUUAUUUACAUGUAUAAUAAUGUUCAUUUGCUUAAUUCCCACCUCAUUCGUUAUUCAUAAGAAAUCAACAAGUUAAAAAGAAAAAGACUUGUUUAACAAAAAAAAAAAGGCUUUUAAUGAGUGUCUAUUCGGAGUUAGAAAAGUUUCAGAGUCAGAAUUAAGUUAAUUAAGGUGUGUAUUAGCCACACUGACUGGUUGCCUUGUUGUUAUUUACUCUCCCUUUAAAGAAACGCUGCUCUCGAGGAAAUACUCCAAUGUACAACAGUAGUUAUAGAAGACAUUUAUUAGGUUUUACACAGUAUUUG